GUGAUCUCGCGAGACUCCGGGACAUUUUUGUCUCUUUUUCCCGUGUGAGAGCUGCUGAGGCGUGAAGUCACAGAUCGAAACGGAACAUGAUCCAGGACUGAGAGCGGGUCACUUCACCGAGGGAAUGGAUCCGAGGCUUAGCUGCGGCUCUCCGCGGGAGGACGGCGAGCUGGAGGACGGGGAAAUCUGCGAUGACGAGGCGGAGGAGAAGCAGCAGCGGCCGCCGCAGGGCGCGAGGCCUGGAGCCGCGUCACGGAAACCCAAAACCUCCACACCGCGAUCCAAACCCACCGGUAUGGGACCGGGGAAGGACUUCCGCUCUCCACCGCCGCUCUUCAGACAAGGGCCCAUGAUACACGGCAACUUCCCCGUGUGUUCCAGCGGGCCGGACCGGUUAGAGCCGUCCAGUCCACGAACCAGCUUCUGGGAGCGCAGUCACAGGGCACUGGGCCGCCUCCGGUACCGGGGGAGACCCGGGGAGAACCGCGGGGAGAACCGCGGGGACAGAGCGCGAGGGGCCGCGAGGGGAAGAAAUAUACACCGGAGGGAUUCAUUCAACUGGAAACAGAAACCAGUCGGCCGUGCGGCGCCUCGCAAACCGCCGUACAUCUCCUCCAAACCGGAGAACGGCAUGGACGAGAGCUUCGAGGAUCUCCUCAUGAAGUACAAACAGAUCCAGCUGGAACUCGAGUGCAUCCGCAACCAGGAGAGGAGAGCGCUGAAACCCAGCGUAGACUCGCCGCACAGGGAGCAGGAGGACACGACCACUGCCGAGACGCUGCCGGGGCUGGCGGAAGGGGCGGAGUCAGACCUCCCGGAGAUCAGGGAGGAGCUGGAGGAGAGGAAGGCGUUCCAGGCGUUUAACCUCCGACCUCUCAGACAGAAACUACUGACACCUGCAGAGAGAGACGCACUCAACACGAAGACCACCCAGGGGGCGGAGCAAAAGGAUGGGGAGCAUAACGAGGAGAACAAUGAGGAGGUGAAGAUGGAGGUGGAGAAAAGUCCUGUCGAACCGACAACUCAGAACGAUGCUGAAGAAGAGGAGGAGGAGGAGGAGGAAGAUUCAUCAGACCUGAGCAUCUCACUAAGCAAAGAGACAAACAGAACUCGUGGCAAGGAUGAAGAUGAUGAGCUCUCGGAGCUGCAGCUGCGUCUCCUCGCUCUACAGUCGGCCAGUCAGAGGUGGCAGCAGAAGGAGCAGCAGGUGAUGAAGGAGAGCAAAGAGAAACUGAAUCGUGCCAAAACCACGCCCGAGCACUACCGGGUCACCACCAGGUCAGCCUCUGCCGGCAGGGGUCGCCCAGGGUCAGGGCUCAAAGGUCAAGAGAAGGGCAAACCUCCAGGUAGACUGGGCACAGAGCGGGGCAAAACAGCACCUAAAGGACAUCCAGCUAAACACACCUUGAGCCCAGUGUCGAAGCAGGCAUGGAGAAAGCAGCAGCUGCGUACGUGGAAGCUGCAGCAGGAGGCACAGAAGCAGAAGAGCGAGGAAGACGAGGAGAAGAAGAAGAGAGAGGAGGAAAUACGCAAGAUCAGAGACUUAUCCAAUCAGGAGGAGCAGUACAACCGCUUUAUGAAACUUGUGGGAGGGAAACACCAUACACACAUCAAAUUUAUAGACCCUGAACACAGGAAGUUGUUGUUGAAGCAGGGACUCGACUUUGUGGGUAAUCUGUACCAGUAUGACAAUUAUGAUGAGGUUGCCAUGGAUACAGACAGUGAGACAAACUCUCCAGCUGCGUCUCCAGCGCAUGAGCCGUUUGUUAGUGUUGGGUCUCUGUACACGGUUCCAGCGUCUGUGUUCUCUUUAGGCUCCGCCCCUCUCCGACAGGGCCUUUCUCAGUAUUGUGUGGACCCAGUGGGUGUGGUUUCACUGACCCCGCCUCCUCCACCCCCCCCAAUGCCUCCUCCAGAGGAAUCGGAGCGUCCACCCAAACCUCCUUUUGCUGAUGAAGAAGAAGAAGAGGAGAUGAUGCUGAGGGAGGAGCUUCUGAAAUCGCUAGCUAACAAACGUGCCGUGAGAGCAGAGGACACAUCCAGCAACAGUGGUCCUCCCUCUCCCAUCAGACCUGUAGCUCCACCCACCAUCAGAGCCCUGCCCACUGCAUCUUCUGCCUCUCUCGGGUUCAGCACUGGCUCCGUCCUCUCUCGUAAUUCCAGCAAGUUUGCCCGGGGAGCCGGGGCAUCCAGAGUGCCACUGGUGCUGCCGCGACACAAAGCCGUGGUGGUUCGUCUGAACGCGUCUGAUGACAGCGACUCUGAGUUGGAGGCCUCGAGCUCGGCGCAGUGUGUGUUCGGGGGGCUGGAGUCCAUGAUUAAAGAGGCUCGGAGAACUGUAGAGGCGGCGAGACCGAGGCCCGUUCCUGUGGCUGAGAAGGAGAACAACCCACUGAGGAUUCCUGACACUUUACCUGAGGGAACUGUAAUGGAGUACCGCCUCCUGAGGGCGGAGCUAACCAGUCGGGAGAAUCAGCGUGUCAGGAAUUCUGAUUCUGCUGCUUCCUCUCCUGUCGGAUUUGACUUGGAUGUGGAUGUUCUGGGAAAAGCAUCUGAACUUGGAGACAUGGAGGAGAAACUCGCCAGACACCAUGCUCAGCUGCAGAAGGACCAGACUCUGCUCAAUCAGCUCCAUCAGCAGGAGCUCAGGAAGAAAGAGUCUCUGAAACUGGCUGAGGCUAAAGUGGUGAGACUGAAGGAGCAGCUGCUUGCGGCUGAGAAGGUGGCCAGCGCAAACCGGGUGCUGCUGAGAAAACUGCAGGAACAGGUCCAGCGUGUGCAGCAUCGUGUGGCAGUAAAACAGCACCAGGCCAUGCGGAUGGAGAGAGAGCUGCUGUGUAACACAGGAGCAGUGAGUGGGAACUACAAACGCAACAACACACAACUCUCUGUAGGGAAACGUGCGCGUGUGGACGUGUCCGACUCUCACUACGCUGAUCUGAUGGCUCAGAAGAGGCGUCUACAGCAGCUGGAGAGCGAGUACGCCCUGAAGAUCCAGAAGCUGAAGGAAGCUCAGGCGUUGCGUCAGGCGAGCGCUCCCAUCAUGCCCUGCAGCGUCACACAGCCCUCGCUCCACGACCUCACGCAGGACAAACUCACGCUCACCAGCGACGACCCCGGUGACGACCCUGACACCGAGGGGGCGGAGCCUCAGCCGGCCGACGGCAACACCUCCACGCGCCGCCGCUCUUUCCGCGAGUCCGGCUCCUUUACUAAACCCAACCUGAGCCACGGCGAGACUCCGGCCACACCCACCACACCGACCACGCCCACCACAUCCUCCAAACAAGCCACGCCCCCUGCAGAGCUGCUCCUGUUCGGCCUGAAAGUGGAGGACCUGCGGCUGCGCUAUCAGCAGUGUGAGAUGCUCCCAGAUCUCCUGAGACAGGAACUGCGUUUACAAGGGGGCGCUCUGCUGAACAUCCAUCCCAGUGACAGGAUAAUUCAGGUGGACUUUGACCCCAUGGCCCCUCAGCAGGUCCGGAGCGAGCUGAAACCGGUUCCCUUCGGUCCAUACCGCAGUCCUCUCUUGGUGUUCAGAUCGUACAGGUUCAGUCCGUAUUUCCGCACUAAAGAGAAGCUUUCUCUGAGCUCCAUCACCUACAGUCACGCCAUCGAGCCGCGCAAAUGCUUCUGUCGCUUCGACCUGACGGGAACCUGCAACGACGACGACUGCCAGUGGCAGCACAUGAGAAACUGCUCUCUGAAUGGAAACCAGUUGUUCCAGGACAUCCUGUCCUACAGCCUUCCUCUGAUUGGCUGCUCAGACCAGAGUUCCACCAAUGACAUCAAUUGCUCUACAGAGAAGUACAUCAAGAAGCUGUUUGGAGCAAAUAAAGACCGGAUGGGUUCGGACCAGAAAGCAGUACUGCUAGUCAGUAAAGUCAACGAGAGCUUACGGCACGUGCCACCGUUUACCACUUACAAACAGAGGAGGAAAUGGAGACCGGAACCACACAGAACCACACCAGACCCAAACACUGCAGCUGAGAGUGAGGAGGAGAACAUCACCAUACCUUCUGCUGCUGAGGAGGAUGUGAGUGUGUCUGAGUGCAGGUUAGUGUCGGAUGUGUGUGUGACUCAGGAUGAUAAGCGAUACUUUGACAGUGAGACGGACGACAUUUCGAAUCUGGAGUACAGUGUGUUGGACAGCCCGAGAGACAGACAGCUGUGGAUCAAACUCGCCUACAGAUACCUCAACCAGAAGGAUACCAGCGUGGUGUCUGAGUGUGUGGACGCUGCACUAAACACACUCUCGCGUGCUCUGGAGGAUAAUCGUGAGGAUGAGGAGUUGUGGUGUCACUACCUCACACUGUUCUCAUGCCGAGGCAGCACUGACGAUGUCCGGGAGAUGUGUGAUAUGGCUGUGGAGCACGCAGCACACUACACUGUGUGGUGGACUUACCUGAGCAUCGAGAGCUCUUUUGAUGGAAAGGAUGCCGUGUGUAAACGGAUGCUGCAGUUCCUGGUGGAUGCUGCAGGGAGUGCUGUGGAGGAGCUCUCAUCCUUUCACCUGCUGGAGACGCUGCUGUACCGAGCUCAGCUUAGUGUGUUUACAGGGCGAGUGCACAACGCCCGACACAUCCUGCAGGGUGCGCUCAUGAUUGAGGGAGAGUGUCGCGUGUCAGGACAUCUCACUCUGUCUCACCUCUGUCUCGCGUGGCUCUCCUACAUUCACCUGUGUGAGUUUGGGAUGCUUCCGGCGCACCUGUACGACCCGGCUAACUCCAACCCGUCCCACAUCGUCAGCCUGGAGACCUUCCUGUUUCCCUGGAGGACGAGCGAAGAUAUAAAAACUCCUCCUGAACGUCUCAUCACGCUGUUCCAGGAUGCGAUAUCGAGUUGUGUAGAUGAGGGUGUGUCUCCAGCUGAACGCACUCUUGCAUGUUUGCCUUUGCACCUCAACCUGCUCCACCUGUACAGAGUUCUGGGAAGGCUGAAGGAAGCCAUCGCACUGUGUGAGAGCAUGCUGGAUGUGGUCCCUCACUGCUGUCCCCUGCUGGAGGCUCUAAGUGAGAUUCAUGCUGCAGGUGGAGAUGCAGAUGAGGCAGCGAGUGUGUGGUUGUGUGCACACAGGCUCCGCCCACACGACGCCCGAGUGUUUUACAGUCUGUGUAAAUGUCUACACACACAGGAGAAACACGAUGAGAUGGACACACUCUUCAAGCAGUUUGUGUGUUUCCUGGUUAAUGGUGUUGAAGAUCUCUCUCCUGCAGUGGUGUUACGACACCUGUUGGGUGUCACAUCUGAGGACCUGCGUCUCCCCGUCCCGUCUCUCCCUGAGCAGCUCCAGGACCAGCUCCCUUACCUGCACCUCAUACACAGUUUCUGGCAGUCGGUGCGAGGCACUGUGGUUGAGGCAGUGGAGGCUUUUGAGGCAGCACUUGGGGCAAUUUCAGAUCUGGAGGUGGUGAAGAAGCUCUGGCUUGAUUAUCUCCUCUUUACUAGCAGUAAGCUGGCAGGCCGAGAUCUGCGAGUGUUCAGUGAUUUGGUGCAGCGCUGUCUGAACACCACACCCUGCAGGAUCAGCCUCCCACACCACAGCGCCACCUACUGGACCUGCUACAGCUUCCACAACCAGGUGAUCUCCUUCUAUCUGAGUUUUCUUCCUCCAUCACUUCACUCAUCUGCUUUGGAGAGAUUCAGACACACUAUGCCCAACAACUCUGAACUCUGCCUCAGGGUUCUGCAGCAGGAGUGGAGUGAUGAGAAUGUGGAACACCUGAAGCUACAGACACGUCUGAUGACUGCAGCAGUCCCCACCUGUCUGUCUGCCUGGAGGAUAGCGGUUGCUGUACAGACGCAGCAGAAGUGCAGAGUUGAAGUGCAGAAGCUCUAUCAGCAGGCUCUCCAGAAGUUGCCGCUGUGUGCUGCUCUGUGGAGAGAUUGGCUCCUGUUUGAAGCUGCAGCUGGAGGUAAAACUGACACACUGAACAAACUGGUAGUGAAAUGCCAGGAUGUGGGAGUGAGUCUGAGUGAGCCGCUCAGUGUAAACUCUCACACUCAGGACUCCUGAAGUCUGCAGUCACUCCCUCGUUCCCUUCCUUCCUCCCUCACUCCUGUCCUCCCUCUACCCUCUAACUCCUCCCUCACACACUCCUGUAAAACACACACCAUCCUCCCAUCACACACACUCACACACUCUCUCUGCAAUAGACAGGAGCGGCGUGUGUAUGUGUAUGUGUGUGUGUGUUUGUGUGUGUGUUUGUGUCAACAAGCUGAACAUGAUCUCCAGCUAAGCGAGUGUGUGUCCUCCAAGUCGUCCUGUACGUAAGUAUGGAGCUGAUCUCAGAUCUCAGAGCUGCUGCUGCUGCUGCUGUUUCACUGCUUUAUGAUUCCAGUGUGUUUUAAUCCACUUUUACUUCAUUCGUCCACCGAUCCCAGUUUAUAGUCUCUCUCUCUCUCUCUCUCUCUCCCCCUCCCCCCACACCCGUGGUGUAGCAGUGUUCACAUCGACAGUAUUUUAAAGACGUUUAUUUUCAGCAUUAAACACCACGGAUCUGAGAGAGAGAGAGAGAGAGAGAGAGAGAGAGAGACUCUGAGGUUCCAGUUUGUUUUAAGGGCUCAAAAUAAAAAAAAAAAACUACAAGGAUUCUAAACGACAGCAGUAUUGUGUGAAUGGAAGCUCAGCAGUGACCUCGUGGUGUUUUCUCGCGGUGUUUUCUCGUGGAGACUCUACGGAGAACGCUAAUGCUGCUCAGAUCCCUCAGCGAGCCUCCACUAACUCUAUGUGCAAGUGUUCUUUUUUUUCUUGUAAAAAUAUCAUAUUAAUUAAAAGUAUUCAGGAAACAUGCAGAAAUGAUAUUUCAACUGUUUUAUUUUGUAAUUGAAAAAUGUUUCAAUUAAAUUAUUUUGUACAGAGA